AAAUCACAAAGUGGAUCACUGAUAAUGUUUCUACCUUUGGGAAUAUAAUUCAACCAUUUAUCUCACAUAUUGAUUUUAAAGAAAUUCAUCCUGCUGAUUUCUUUCAAAAGAUUAAAUCUUUAAAAGAAAUUUUUAAUAUUGAAUAUUAUGUUAAACUCCUUGAAUUUUAUUCUUUUAAUGACAAUAGUCAUUCAAGAUUUAAAAUGAAAAUCGAUUAUAAAUUUAUUAAUUCUGAACAAGCCUUUUUACUUGUGAAUUUUAUUAAAAUGAUGAAAAAAGAUGUUCUUAAUUCCUUUAUUAAGUUUGAAUUGCUAGUAUACGGAAGCAAUAAUAGUUUUGAUAUAAAAACUUUUUAUGAAAAUUGUAGCAAUAAAGGAUCUACCCUUACUAUUGCUUGCGUUAAAGAUACUAAUGAAAUACUCAGAGGAUUUAAUCCAACAAAUUAG